CAUCAGGCCGUUUCCUGAAGCCAUUUCUAGACGGGGAAACCGAGAGUUGCGUUACUUUUUAAUCCGUUGCAUCUGUCUAAAUGCACUUUCUUAAAGAAAAAUACUUUACAGAAGUCGAUAAAUCAGACUCUCAUCUUUACUUCGGUCUGAUUAUUUUUGUAUCUGUUACGGCGGAUUAGCAGCCUCACGAGCUUGAAAGUACAGUAAUAAGAAAGGGGUUACCCCGAAUACGCAAGAUGAGAAGAGGGAUCUCCUCGACUCCGGACCAACUGAUUUUAGCCGGGGUUGGGCGCACUUCUCUGGACAAUAAUAUAAUUUUAACAACUCUACCGGAUCGUUUAAAUCCAGGACAAUCUAACGCUACGUACAUCCAAAUAAUAACAACCCCACCGCCUUGCAACGUUAAACAGACAUCAAAUGUGUGUUUAUCCGAGCCUCAGAUAAACAACAUCUACACAACUCCACAACAAGCUACAGCAAACGGAGUGGGACAACGACCCGCUCUGGGGAGACCGCCGGCAAAAAGGCGGUUGGCGCUCGAUGAUUCAGACCACCAGUACCAGUCAGAACCAGCCAGAACUCCAAGAGGCAGAGGAGGAGCUGUGGCAGCCAAUGGGGCACGGCUAAAGACACCUAGAACACCCAAAUCACCACCAGAGAAGACGCGGUAUGACACCUCACUGGGCUUGUUAACAAAGAAGUUUGUAGACCUCCUCGCUCAGUCUUCUGAUGGCGUUUUGGACCUCAACCUCGCUGCUGAAACCUUACAGGUACAAAAAAGGAGGCUGUAUGAUAUCACCAAUGUACUGGAAGGGAUUCACCUGAUCAAAAAGAAAUCAAAGAACAACAUUCAGUGGAUGGGCUGUAGUUUGUUGGAGGUCGAGGGAGCGCUGAGCCAGAGACAGAGGCUGACAGAGGAGGUUUCUGCACUUGGAGAAGAAGAACAGAGGCUUGAACAGCUUAUCCAGAGAUGCAGCCUGGAUAUGAGACACAUGAGCGAGCUACCAACCAACCAGAAAUAUGCCUAUAUAACAUACCAAGACAUCAAGCAGCUAGGAAACCUCAGAGACCAGACAGUUAUACUUGUCAAAGCGCCCACAGACACCAAACUAGAAGUAUCAGACCCCGAUGAGAGUUUGUCCAUCCAUCUGACUAGCACUAAGGGCCCGAUAGACGUCCUGCUUUGCCCAGAUGAGGAGAGUGACCCCAGGACACCUGUAAAAAACAGCAACACAGACAUCAAUGGGAACUCGCCUUUCCUCAAAGUCCUUCAAGAUUCCAGCUACACAGCUGCUUCUCCCAGCACCUACCUGGCUCCACCUUCCUCCUCCUCAGCUGUGUCUGUUACUACUCUCUCCCCCAUCUCAUCCCCUUACACCAGUCUUCUCCAGCAGACAGAAGACCAGAUCCAUUCAUCCCUGGGGCCUUUCUUAAACCUUGGGCCUCCUCUUCUGGACCAAGAUGACUAUCUUUUAGGAUUGGGAGAUGACCAGGGAAUCAGCGACUUGUUUGAUGGCUGUGACUUUGAUAAAAUGCCGUCUUGCCUGGAUGACCUCCUGUGCAGCUAGCAUUGACUAAAAAUUCAGAUUAAAUGCGAUGGCGAGUUGGAGAAUGAGUGAGGGUUUGGAUGCAUGUAACAGACUGUAGUUAGUGGAAGCCAGUUUUAAAUAGAUGGAGAGGAAAUGCUGAGGGCUGUUUCACUCGCAGUGGGACUAAAUGCCACGUUCUUUUAUGAUGACGAUGAGGGUUGAAUAGCCUUGAGUGCUUUCACACAAACAUGACACGAUUCCUUGUCUCAGGCUUUGUAAGGCCUCCAGUGUAGCUGAACACUGGGGGUAUCUGAUAGCCUUUGCUGUUUAUUUGGUAAAAUGCAUAUAGGGAGGUGAAACUGUACAGAUAGACCAACAAAGAAAAAUCAGCUUGAAGUAUGCCCCCUCCACACAUCACCUGGCAUUAACACACAUUCUGGGUGCCUGGGGUUAGUAUAGAAUGUAGAGAUGAUAUCUGUGCAUCUCAGGUGCACCGAUAACAUCCCAAAAGCCCUAAAACCAUCAGCAGGAUGCUGAUGAGCCUGGAAAAGGAGAACAAUUUAUGGUUUAAUCCUGUGGGAUGCUGCAAAUAUAAGACUUUGACAGGACUAUAAUUUUCUCUUUUGGUCAGGAAAGCAUAAGAUUCAUCACUUUCUUCCCAGUGAUGCAGUUGUCCAGGUAACCCAUCCUGAGAUGCAUCCUACAGUUGAAGAUGCAUUAAUGCCAAGUGUUAUAGGGCAGAGGAGAUUCUGCAGAAUUCCUAAUGAUUGCAUUGUAUUACACAAAUUUAUGAAGGCUCAUACUGCUAAAUAGGCAUUUGUGUUUAAAUGUAGAACAUUUUAGAAAUUAGACAUUUUAAUGUACAAAACAAUAAUUUUGGUGCACAGCACCCAUUAGUACAGUUAUUAAUUUACAGGUAGGCAGGCUGAGGGUUUGGUUACCUGUAUGUGUUGCUGUAACCUGACAUUUGUCAUGUUACCUAGUAUAUAUUUGGGCUUCUAAUUAUAAUGUUACUGUGUGUGAGUAUUCUAUGCAUUUAAGCACUAUUAAGAUGUGUUUAGAGCUGCAUGGAAGAGUGCUGGAAAUGUAACUCCAAAAUGGCCAUGCAAAACAGGAGUGCAUAAUGCUCUUAAAGAAUACCUGUUUUUCAGUCUGUCAUCAAGUUGGCGACCUUCUAUUUUGUAGGUGUGCAUUUUUUUGGCAGUGCAUAGAUGAUUAUAAAAAUGCUCAUCAUGGGGCAAAACAUCUGAUGUCUGAUCUUGCAUAACCCAGAGAUAUUUUGUUACUAACAUCACUCCUGGGUAAUGUGGGGUAUAGCAAAAAAUGCCUGAUCAAUCUGGCCUGUUAGGAUGUAUGUGCAAACCUGAGAAGCACCACCAGGUUUUUGACUGCAGGACCCAAACUCCAUCUUACUUACUGCUUUUUACCCCCCCCUAAAUAUCAAGUCUUUUAGUUUAAUAUGUGUUGAAUUGUAAUGGAUUUUAAUACUGUAGAAAUGAGUAGUACCAUGGUCACCUAAGCAACAGGGGACCUGAUUGCCUAACUGAGCCUGUAGUAUGUAAUGAAGGGCUUAUUUUGUUCCAUAUUAGGAUAUUAAAAAGAAUUGGGGGGGGGGAAAAAAGCAGUUUUGUAAUUUAAGCCAGUUCAGUGCAGCCAGGAUAGUGUGUUCUGUUGUCUAGGGCCUUUGAAUCUUAAGUGGUUGAUCAAGAAAAGGACUUGGUUAACGAAGAGCAGUAAGGAUGUCAUUUUUUUUUUUUCUUCCAGGUAUUUGGAAAAUUGUCCACUGCUAAUGUCUUCUUGUGUUUAUUUCAUCCCUGAUAAUAAUAGAACACAAACCCUAGCUUUUAAACUAGAGAAACCUGUGGCCACAGGUAAAAUUGCUGCUGUUAGUAUUAACUCUUCCCUGACCCAACUGAUGUGUGCUUGAGUAUUUGCGUGUGCAACAUGUGUGAGUGCAUGUCAGCAAUCAAGGUUGCUGAAGGAGUAAGCCUGCCAUGUGUAAAUUGAUGUACAGUUUUCUAAAUUUUUCAGUGCACAAGGUACUGUAGGCUACCUCUCACUUAAUGUUGGACAGCAGUAAUAGGGCAUAUAAGGAAAUGCCAUAGUGUGUAUGAGACUUGAAUUCCCUUUUGUCUUUGUUACCAUUGUAUUUAGAUGUGAUACUAGAGGUUGUGCCGCACUUUUGUCUUUUGAUGUGUGCGAGAUUUCACUCAGAUCCUGACGUAAUACUGAGUAUAUCUUUGCUCUUAAAGCAGCCUCAUGCCGUCACAUCUUGCAUGUGUCUACUGGGCUGCAUUUUUGAUAGGCAGACAAGUGUGUUGCAAUAUUUUUCUUCUUUUUGGGGGGAUAAGUUAUUUAGCUCUUGUCUGUUUUUUUGCAGAGCAUAUUUUAGACCUAAAAACUAAUAACACGUGUGCUGGCAGGCAUUGAUUCACAAAGGUGUCCCCUUUAUCUGUCAUUAGGAGAUGCUGCUGUCUGUUCUACACCACUGACCAGAAUCAGUGACUUGGCUGUCUUCUGCCUAAAUGUAUAGGGACUUUUGCUUCUGUGAUACUGUAUGUGUUUUUUGGAAUGGUGUGAAGGAGUCUGACGUGUUUUUUCUUUUGUUUUUUUGUUUUUUUUUUGCAUUUCAGCCAUUUGUUUCACAGAGUUUCAAAGCCUGUUGAAACAGCAUUUUGACUACAAGUUGUUAACCUGACCCUCACCCAUUCUUUUUGAGAAAACUGCUAGCAGAACUUAAUUUAUGCUGCUGGCAAAAGUGAACAAAAUUGUACUUAAACUUCUUAAAUGCCCUGAUUCACAAAACCCAAUUUCCCUCUAGGCAUAUUUAUAUCAAUGUAUUUUAUAUGUAUUUAUGGAAAUGCCACCCUCAUUUCCCCCAACAAUUCAUCAGUUGCAGUUGAAGUCCAUUUACUAGGUAGUUACAUGUUUCUCCAUCUCUUUCAAGCAAUUAGAAUCUGGUCACAGUAUUUUAUCCAUUUUUAUGUGAUGGAAACAUGAACUUUGGAAAGAUUGCACCUUUCCAUGGGUCUCUAAUGGAAUGUUAGAUUUUAUUGCUAGUGUCAAUGUCAGUGAGUCUGAAUAUUGGUGACUUAAAAUUGCAGCUCCUUCAUUUCAAAUGUGUGGUUCUGAUAUGCAAUUUGACUUUGCAGAAAGUUAUCAUUAGGCUAAAUGUGGUGUUAACCAUAGUCAAGAUUGAAACGGAUCUGUUUUUCCUGCUAUUUUCCCAUAGUUUAUUCAGCUGUUACCAAAUACAAUAUACUAAUCUAUAAAUAUUCUGUAAUGGUUAUGUGAAAUGUUAGCUGUUUGAUAGGGGGGAAAAAAGAGACUGAAAUUAUGAUUAUUGAUGCCUGUUUCCAUUAUUUACAGAAGAGGAGCUGUAAUGUCACAUCACCUUUUUUACCAUUUGAAUACAUGGUGAAAGUAUGGUUGUGCUGUUGAAUGUUUAGAUAAACACAAUUGAUGUUUGUGUGUUAGUAUGUAAAUUGUUUCUUUAACAUCUGUUAAAUGAUGAAUUUGAGUUGUAUUUGUUUGCUGGAAGGGAUAAAUUGCUUUGUUUUUGUACUCUGGGCAUUUGUAAUUGAAAAUUUGAAUAAAGGUAAC